AUGGAACACUCGUCUCCAUUGGCGGCCAUGCAGCCUCCGUCUAUGCUCUUCGGGCACUGCUUCCGCGCAGAUGCGCCGACUUCGUAUCCGUCGCUGUCGGGGUUUGGUACCAAUAGCUUCAACUUCAAAGAUCUCUCGAUGAAGAAGGCUGGUCCCGAUUACUUCAACAUCAAGCCGAUUCCUUCUCCCACCGCCAGCCUGGCUGCCGAUCUUUCGCAGAACUUCCACAUUGAUCAAAGUCCGCAGUUGGCCACACCCCGGCGGUCUUUGUUCUCUUCAAACAUUCUUGCUCAGGCCAAUGCUCGUGACGACGUGAUGACCACUCCUCCGCUCCCUUCAUCUUCGCCCGCGCCGGCUAUGGACAUGAUGGAGAUGUCUCCGCUGCCUCACAAGCCUGCCUUUGUGAUGACCACCGAGAUUGAGGUACACUCGCCUUCACCGCUGGGUACUCCUAUGGACUCGCCCACUACUUCGGCUGCCGAGACGCCGUCCUCCGUUCCUUCGCCCCAGCCUGGCCAAGAGCAAGGCUCAGUCCUUCCAGCUGGGAAUGGCUCGACCCACUCAAGAGAGCAAAGCACCCCCUUCCGAUUUAGCACUGCCGGAGCUAAGACGUCGCUAAGCACCUCCACGUCUCUGGAGGACAUGUUCGGUGAUUCUCCCCCUCAGGAGAGAUCCAUCUCCCGUAAUAACUCCUCAAACAACCUGGCCCUGCCGCGUCUGCGGCCGCCGUUCCAACAUGCUCGGAGCAGCGGCUCGCCCGCCCCCAACUCUAUCCGCAAGCCCUCACACCCCUUGACGCGUCCCCGCAAGCAAUGCCGACGAUCAUUGAGUAUGUUCGAGCACCCGGCGGAUGUGAUUGCCGAAAAAGAGGCCAAGGUAUCUACAAAUGCACCCCUCCAGUCCAUCAGCGACUUGGAAAGUUCGCCCAUUCCCCAGCUUCCUCACUUUGUCCCCGAGGACCGGGCGGACACCCUGCCUCGCAUCGACAAAAGCACCCUACUCGAACUGCUUCACGGGAAGUUCAAUGACCGCUUCGACAAUAUCAUGGUCGUUGACUGCCGCUUCGAGUACGAGUAUGACGGCGGCCACAUCCACGGCGCCCUCAACUACAACGACAAGGACCGACUUGCGGGUGAGCUGUUUGGCGCUCCCAAGGCCCGGACAGCCCUAAUCCUACACUGUGAAUAUUCCGCGCACCGCGCUCCCAUAAUGGCCAAGUACAUUCGUCACCAUGAUCGGGCUGUUAAUGUCGACUCUUACCCUAAUCUAACCUAUCCCGAUCUGUACAUUCUCGACGGUGGCUACAGCUCGUUCUUCGCCGAGCACCGUGCUUUCUGCUACCCCCAAAAUUACGUUGAGAUGAACGCCAACGGGCAUGAAUUUGCCUGCGAGCGUGGCCUCGGCAAGGUCAAGCAGCGGUCCAAGCUGAACCGCGCCCAGACCUUCGCCUUUGGCCAGCACUCUUCUCCCCAGAUGGAGGAUAGCCCAACUGGUCGCUGCCGCCUUGGCAGUGACCGGAACAGCCGCCUCCUGGGUUCUCCCUUCUCCGAGAGCCCGGUGCCCAACAGGACCCCUGGCCGCCGAAUGCUUUCAUACUGA